AGCCGCCGGUGCCCCCGGGAGUCCCCGGGAGACUCCAGAGCCAGUGCUGUCAAAACUUUGUGCUGGAUGAGACGUUAACUUGCGUGCCACCAGAAUGGUUUGUUUUGCCCCAGUAKUGGGGCUUCCGUGUUGCUGGUGAUGGGUGAGCCUGGAAAACUGCGGCUUGAGUUGCAUGUCCUGGGCUCCUUUAUAACCUGCUGUCUUGGAGACAAGAGCUUCAGGCUGGGCAGGAGUCCCUGUUAGUAACUCAAGAAGAAUGGAAGGUGUGGAGUUUAAGGAAGAAUGGCAAGAUGAAGAUUUUCCAAGGCCCCUGCCAGAGGAUGAUCCUGUUGACUCAGAUGUUUUGGCUGAGGCUGGAAGAGAAGGUGAAACUGAAGCAAAUGGGAACAAAGUGAGGAAGAAACUAGUGGCACCUGAUAUUAGCUUAACUUUGGACCGCAGUGAGGAAUCUGUGUUGUCUGAUGAUUUGGAUGAGAGUGGAGAGAUUGAUUUGGAUGACUUGGACACUCCCUCAGAGAACAGUAAUGAAUUUGAAUGGGAAGAUGAUCUUCCAAAGCCAAAAACUACUGAUGUAAUUAGAAAAGGAUCACUUACGGAAUACACUGCGGCGGAGGAGAAAGAUGAUGGUCGACGCUGGCGUAUGUUUAGGAUUGGAGAACAGGACCAUAGGGUGGACAUGAAGGCGAUUGAACCGUAUAAAAAAGUUAUCAGUCACGGUGGUUAUUACGGUGAUGGGCUAAAUGCCAUUGUUGUGUUUGCGGUUUGCUUUAUGCCAGAAAGCAGCCAGCCUAACUACAGAUAUCUAAUGGACAAUCUAUUUAAGUAUGUAAUUGGCACUUUAGAGCUAUUAGUAGCAGAGAACUAUAUGAUAGUUUACUUGAAUGGUGCAACAACACGGAGAAAAAUGCCAAGUUUAGGCUGGCUCAGGAAAUGUUACCAGCAAAUUGACAGAAGAUUAAGGAAAAAUCUGAAAUCAUUAAUAAUAGUACAUCCUUCUUGGUUUAUCAGAACACUUCUGGCCAUCACUAAACCUUUUAUUAGCUCAAAAUUCAGCCAAAAAAUUAAAUAUGUCUUUACGUUGGCAGAACUUGCUGAACUCGUCCCCAUGGAAUAUGUUGGCAUCCCAGAGUGCAUAAAACACAGAAUUGACCAAGAGCUGAAUGGAAAACGAACAGAGAAAUGAACAGUAAGUUUGGAAUCCAAACAGGACAGAAGAAUAUGCAGAUGGAAUGAUUCCAUUUUUCUCCAUUUAUGAUGCAUUCAUUAGUGUGUGUAUGUAUAUAUUAUAUAACCUGUUACAAAAGGUGCUUAACUUUGGAUUAGCACACAAUGGAGUGUUCACUGCUGUAAUGGUUUAUGUCUUGUCUUUAAUAGCUACCUUUAUAUGUAAUCAUUUUAUACUGCUAAAUGUCAAAGAACCCUGUGUUUUUAGAGGACAUUCUUGCAAUUGUUUAUCUAAAUGAUGCAUGUUCUUCAGUAAAAUAUUUAUAUACCUAAAUGUUAAAGGAAAGAGAUAAUAUAUAUUUUUAUGACUCUUAACAAAAUGUGUACCUGCAAGCGGAAUUCAUUUGUAGGUAGAUAAGGCCAUAUAUGACGGUUGUCAUUAUUGUACAAAAUACAUGAUAUAUUUUGCUGUAAAUGGUCAAAUGCAUUUCCCGGUGGUUGUAUAAACCUUGUCUUUUUUGGAUGUUAACAGUCCGUCAUGUAGUCCGUAGCAGGUGUAGAGGCUUGGUGGUGUUCACAUUUCUAAUACAAGCACAACUCAUGUACUUUGCUAGAGCGAGCUUGAACUUGGGUGCCUUUUUAGUCCAUUUCUCACAAGACAGAACUGUAGUUAUCUGAAUUUCAGUCUGUUGGCCAUAGGGAUUUUUGACUAAAGUGUAUUGGGAACUGAACCGUUCAGAUCACUAAUAGGAUAUGACAACUUUUGCUAUUUUAAGCAGCAAAUGUAGAUUCUGCCUCCUUAAAUUAAGGCUAUUGCUGGUUCAGCGGUGAGUAUGAAAUGAGCUCUGUCCAGUUCUUUCUGGAUGACUAUCAGUUGUGACCAACAGAAACUCUGGUUGUUUUCUGCAGAGCUUGGAAGCUGCAUAGAUACAAUUUUAACCAUAAUAUCAAUUGUCUGCACAGGUGAAAUUUAGUUAUUUUGCAGAGGUAUAGGACAUCUUUAACUGCCUGUGUCAUCUUUGUGGAUGUCGCAUCCAUUUCUAAAACUAUCAGUUCGGCACCUUUUACUGGCACUAACUUCACUUUAAAAAAUAAAAAAGUGAUUUGCAGAGGAGGUUCUGAUAAUAGCUGUAAACAUGUACACAUCUGUCUUUAAGAGGUGUUCUUGGAUGCAUCAACCAGUGUUUAUAGGUUUAUCAGGGCAACAGAAUUAUGCACUGUUUAUAGAAGGUUGAAAAAUCUAUUUGAUAAUCAUUGCUAUUUCUGUGUAAGAGCUGGUGUAUGCACAUGAAUCCAUUUAGGAGCUGAACAAUUUAAUAUUGAAGCAAAUGUAUUAAAUAUCUUAAUUUUUAUUGUGCUUACAAUUUUGUCUUAGUAUCAAAAGUAUGUCCAUUAGUUUAAAUGUUACCAUAUGUAGAUUUUUUUUAUAAAGAAAAAGGUGGCAUUUGACAGGAUUACUACCUGGUACUGAUAUGUAGAAGUCAAGAGCCAGUUCCAUGAGCAGAAUUUAUUGCUGAUUGCUUAAUCUUCAAUCUCUAAUGAUACACAUAUGGUUACUGUAAGAGCAGAUACUCAUGUCAGAUGAAGUCAAAUUCCCCAUAUUUUAAUUUCAGAUCUACCAAUCAGAGAUUUUAAUCUCAGGACAUGAGUAGUUUUGUUACAUUAGUUUGUAUAUCACGCUUUCAAAGAGCUAAAUGUGCAAGAUAUUCUUCAACAGCCAAUGUUAAUUUGAAGUUGCUUUGUAUCCCUUUCAUAACAAUGAAAGCUUUCCUGCUCUGAAAGCUGAACAGAAGUGAACAGUUUCUGUUAAGGGCUGUCUUAUUUCCCCAUUCAUAUCUGAAAUUGACCUAAAUUGAUGUAAAUUAUUGUCAGUAAACUGGACACUUUGACAGCCUGUUUACUUUGAUUCCAGUACUGCCAGCAUGUAGUGUGUAUGAACAGGCAUGACUGACAAUCUUGCUCAUUUUA